ACUUGAUUAUCGUAAUUCGUAAUGUUAAAGUUUAUAAUUAAAAUAACAAAUGCCGUUAUUUAACUCGUUGUGUUACAACCAAUAAAAUAAAAUGCAGAAACGAUUUGUGAUGCUUGCAGUAAUAACGAUAUUAAGUUUAGUAGUUUGGAUUUAUUGGAGUUCAAACUUGGAACUUCAUGAAACCAUAAGAAUCAUUAAAACGAGUCAAAACAAAUUUAUAAAGGAUCUUAAAAUAUCACCUUCAAAUACACUAUGUGGAAAAAAUCCAUUUAUAAUUAUAAUAAUGACAUCAUAUGUUGGCCAUGUUGAACUGAGGAGUGCUCACCGUAGGGCAAUGCCACCAGAGUACUUAGCAGCCAUGAAUGCAACCAGAAUAUUUAUGUUGACAAAAAUCCCGCCACAUGAAAAAUACAUUACUCAAGAAGCUAUAGAAGAUGAAAGCAACACUUUUGGGGACAUCCUUCAAGGCUCAUUUCUAGAAAACUACCGCAAUUUAACAUUCAAGCACCUGAUGGGUCUGCAAUGGGCCUCUAAGAAAUGCAAUGAUGCGUCCUACAUACUCAAAGUAGAUGACGACACUGUAUUUAAUUUAGAAAAAACAUAUAAAUAUUUGAGCAAUAAAAAGAUUGAUGAAGAUUUCCUUAUCGGGUACAUGUUGAACAAUACAAAGCCAAAAAGAAGCAAACAAAAUAAAUGGUAUGUGACAUGGGAAGAAUAUCCAAGGAAUGAAUACCCAUCGUACAUGUCUGGCUGGUAUUACAUAACUACACCAAACACAGCUGCGAGACUAACAAAUGAGGCAAUGUACCAUCCUUACUUCUGGAUUGAUGACAUACUGAUCACCGGUCUUUUGACUGAAGCUCUCAAAAUAAAACUGAUUCAGCUCCCUAAAGGAUUUUGGCUUGAAUACUAUGAACUACUUGAAUGUUGUCUAAGGGAUAUGAUAAAUAAAAAUAUUAUGUGUGAUGCAGUAGUAGGGCCGAAUGGUGGUAGAAAUAAUUUAAUUCUAGAGUUUAAUGAUGGACUAAGUUUGUGUCAUAAAUCAAAAAGUUGUACAAAGAGAACUGAGGAGCAAUCUCUUGACAAAGUAUGUGUGGCUUUUAGAGAGAGAAGUAUAUUUAGUGAUGGUAAGCCUGAAGUAAAAUUUAUUAAAUUGAGAUGAUCUUAAUCUUAACUGACCAUUUGGUUCUUUUGUUUUUGCAAUAUGAAUUAAAUAUUUUACUCAACCAGACAUAGUAGGAUUUUCGUUGUUCUUGCCUGUGCAUACAUGGAUUAAGAGAAGCCAAUGUCACAUAAGUCACAUUCCUUUUUAUCUAAGGGUUUGCUUUGUUCAUGCUUGUUAUACCGGGUGUCCGGUAAUUUUGUUGUUUUAGGUAGUAUUAAAAUUUUAAAAAUUGUGAAAAUCUCGAAAACCAGGCGACUUUUACUAAACCUUAAAGUCGAUUUUCUGGACCAGUUGAAGGU